GCCGACGGUAACCACCCCACACCAAUGGCUCCAUCCACAGAGAUCGACCCCGAGAACGCCCCGACGAGCGCCGCGCCUUCCGCUACCAAACCCGCCGCGGUGGCGUUGGCCGUGUUAGCCUGGUGGAGGGGGAAGGGCCUGUUGGAAAGGAGCGCUGUGGUGCUCCGUCCCCUCGCUCUCGUCUUCUCGCUCUUCGCCUUCGUAGUCUGUGCCUCCAACAGGCACGGCGACUGGAAGAACUUCGAGCGCUACGAGGAGUACAGGUACCUGUUGGCGAUCUCCAUACUCGCGUUCUUGUACUCGGUUUUUCAGGUGUCGAAGCCGGCGUACCGUUUCAGCACCGGCAUUGAUUUGGUGCCCAAAAACUAUUCGGGAAUCGUCGAUUUCGCCGGAGAUCAGGUGACGGCAUACCUGUUGAUCUCGGCACUGUCUGCGGCAAUUCCCGUUACUAAUAGCAUGAGAGGAGGAGCAGAUAACAUAUUUACGGAUGCUUCGUGUGCUUCGAUUAUCUUGGCCUUCUUUGCAUUUGUGUCGAUCGCACUAUCUGCUUUGAUAUCUGGGUUCAAGCUCUCUAAACAAAUCUAACCAUAGACAUACUCCCUUGAUGUGAACAUCCUUGUAGUCCCUUGUGCUUGUGUCAUAUGUUUCUCAUGGAGUGCCACACAUGAUGCUUCAUUCUAGCACCAGUGUGUAAUUAUUUAAAGAUUAUUGUUUGAGAAUAAAAAGUGAA